AUGCUCGAAGCCCGCCUCCAACAAGCCAAGCUCCUUAAAUCUCUUCUUGAAGCUGUCAGAGAACUCGUUACAGAAUGUAACUUUGAAUGUAACGACUCUGGUAUCGCUCUCCAAGCUAUGGAUAACUCUCACGUCGCUUUAGUCGCCAUGUUGUUGCGCUCUGAUGGUUUUGAUCCUUACCGUUGUGAUCGCAACUUGCCUUUAGGUAUCAAUUUGGCCAACUUGGGUAAGAUCUUGAAGUGUGCUCGUAACGAUGACAUCUUGACCCUUAAGGCUGACGACGAGGGUGAUGUUUUGAGCAUGGUGUUUGAAAGCAAAGACAGCGACAAGAUUAGUGAGUACGAUCUCAAGUUGAUGGAUAUUGACAGUGAACAUUUGGGCAUCCCUGAGACCUCAUACGAAGCCGUUGUCACCAUGUCUUCUGUUAGAUUCCAAGAAAUCUGUCGCGAUUUACAAACCCUCAGUGAUUCCGUCACUAUUGAAUGUACAAAGGAAGGUAUCAAGUUCUCUAGUGAUGGUGAGAUUGGUAAGGGUGCUGUCACCUUAAAGGCCAACAGCUCUGUUGAUAGCGAGGAUGAUGCCACUGUCAUCGAACUCCAGCAAAGCGUCUCCAUGACAUUCUCCAUCAAGUAUCUCGUCAACUUCACCAAGGCCACACCUCUCGCCGCCCGUGUUAGCUUGAACUUAUCAACAGACGUCCCUCUUUUGGUUGAUUAUAAGCUCGAGAACCUUGGUUAUGUCAGAUACUACUUGGCUCCCAAGAUUGGUGACGAGAACUAA